AUGACGAGGGAGAAAUACAAAUCCUACGACGAGAAAGAGGCCAAUUACUGUCAAGUGUUCGUCGAACACAUGGCGAAAGACGCCUUGACUUGGUUCUCAAACCUCCCUGCCGAGUCGAUCGACAACUUGGACGACUUGACUAGCGCUUUCCUAAAGCAUUACUCUAUGCACAUGACCCGAGUCACACAGAACAUGUUCACCACGACGCAGUCUCAAGGUGAACCCCUGCGUAGCUUUAUGGAAAGAUUCAAGCAAGCAGCUCGCGACACCGGCGAAAUGCCCGACAGCGUCCUAUUGGAAGCACUCCGUAACGGCCUCUGGUACGACUCCAAGUUCAAAGAGGACCUAUCACUGAAACCUGCCUUGACCUUGAAAGACGCGUUCCACUGUUCCCGGAGUUACAUCUUCCUUGAAGAAGACAAGCACUUCUAUGCAAAGAGACACGGAGACAGGAGGACAGCCCUGUCCAAACCCAGAGAAGAGGCCGUGGAGGUACGAAGAAGACACGACCCCAAGAGAUCACUCCUCAUAGCGUUCACAGCAGCCGACGGCGAGUCGGAACAAGAAAUAUGCCGCGGCGAUCUCGAUGCCACAGGAUGCUGCUCCGCUCCUAGAUGA